AUGGAAAAGAAAACGAGAAAGAAGAGUACAGAUGAUAAGCCUCAGGCUGGUAGCAAGCGGGGGAGGAAGAAAAAGCAGGAAAGUUACUCGAAGGAGGUGCAGGAGGGGGACCAAGCUGGCAAGCCGAAGCAGACAGUGGCAACAAACGCAAUAAAUGGGAAAAACCGGACAAACGAGAACAGUGUGAGCACUAUCACCGAGGACCGUCUCCUUGUUCCGCGGGCCGCGGCCAGGGGCAGGGUGUGUCCGUACCUGCGUACCAUCAACAGAAACCUGCUCGACUUUGACUUUGAAAAGUUGUGCAGCAUCAGUAUGUCCAACCUACACGUAUACGCAUGCUUAGUGUGCGGACUUUACUUCCAAGGAAUAGGAAAAGGAACAUACGCAUACACACAUGCUCUGGAAAAAAACCAUUAUGUCUUCAUCAACCUAGAAACAUGCAAAACAUGUUGCCUCCCAGAAAAUUAUGAAAUCGAGGAUGCAUCUCUAAAUGAUAUAAAAUAUUUCUUAAAACCAACGUAUAGCAUACAGCAGGUAGAAUAUAUUUGUCGUAAUUCCAUUUUAGGAAAAUCGCUAGAUGGUGCAGAUUUUUUUCCUGGGUUUGUAGGACUCAAUAAUUUAAAACAUACUGAUUAUUGCAAUGUGAUUAUUCAGCUUGUGUGUAGCAUCAUUCCAUUAAGAAAUUUUUUUUUAGUAUUCGAAAAUAAAAAAUAUGUGACCAAAAAUAUCGUCUCCUCUUUAUCUGAACUGAUUAAAAAGAUUUUUAACCCUCGAAAUUUCAAGGGGGUUGUGUCCCCACAUGAGUUUUUGCAAACAGUGGGCAUUGAAUCCAAGAAAAGCUUCAAAAUUGGUUCUAAGAACGAUCCGCUAGACUUUUUUCUCUGGCUAAUUAGUAAAAUACAUAGGCAUGAGGAGAGAGCGCUGCGGAAGGGCAUUAAGGGUAGGACGGCCAAGAAGAGGAAGAUUGGUCAAAGCGGAGAAAACGCCACAGGGGCAGAUGGAUCAUCGGGCGGAAAAAAUAAAGAGGACGAAGAAGAAGAUGAUGAUGACGAGGAGGAAGAAGACAAAAUUCAACCUGGGCACCAUCUCUCGCAAUUCAAUGAUAUGUUGUCCUCCUCCACCGAGUCACACAUGUCAGGAGAGCCUGUCCCUGGUGUGGAUUCAGCAACCAAGAGGAAAAAAAAAAAAAAAAAAAAAAAAAAAUGGAAGUACGACCAGAACGAAAAAAAAAAAAAAAAAAGUUCUGAAGGAGAUGACAAUAUAAACAGUGCUCAUAAUAUAAACAAGGGGGGGAAAAACGGCACGUACAGUGAACGGAAUACACGUGAAGAUGGCAAAUUUCCUCACCAAUUGGAUAAUGAAGGAUGGGAAGAGGAUGACGUAAGCGAUUCGGAGAACGAAGACGAUACACACUUGGCUGAUGGGGAAGAAUUGAACGGAAAAAAAAAUUACGUAACGCAAAAAAUUCCAUUUCGAACUCUUUCCUUAAAACUUCCCAAUCCACCCAUUUUUAAAAGCACAACAGAAAGUAACAUCAUACCACAGGUAUCCAUUUUCGAGCUAUUGACUAAAUUUGAUGGAGAAACGGAAUCCUUUUUAAAUGAAAAAUCUGAGCCAAGCACUUUAAUCAUUUCCAAGUUGCCCAAAUAUUUAGUCUUUACCAUUAAGAGGUUUUCAAAAAAUAAUUUUUUUGUAGAAAAAAAUGGUACCAUUGUUAAUUUUGUUAUAAAAAAUUUAGACAUGAAAGAUUAUGUACAUGAAGAUUACCUGGACAAGAAUCCUGUGACCAAAUACAAUUUAAUUGCUAAUAUUUUUCACAGCGGCUCGGUUAGUAGUGGCACUUACAAAAUUCAUGUCCUCAACCAGGCAUCCAACGAAUGGUAUGAGAUGGAGGACCUGCACGUGAUUACCGUUUUGCCCCAGCUGGUUCUCCUACCCGAGUCCUGUGUGCAGUUGUAUCAGCGCCAGGAUGUGCAACUCAACGGGGAGAUCCCCUGA